GACGUCUCGUGAAGCGUGGUGUCGUCUAGCUCGACGCGUCGCCCGAUUGGACGAGGCCGUGUGUGCGUGGUGACGCGUGUCGCGGCGGUGCGGGUCCCGAUUGCUGCAGCCGCUUGUCAGUGUGACGAAGAUUGGCACCCAGAAAAUUUGAACUAAGAUAUGAUGAUUUGACUUUAUAAGAACCCUCAGUAACCAUGAUGGCAACGCAGACAUUAAGUAUAGACAACUAUCAAGAUGGACAACAACAGAUGCAAGUAGUAACAGAGUUAAAAACUGAGCAGGAUCCAAACUGCUUGGAAGCAGAUGCAGGAGGAUUGAGUCCUUCUCCAGUAGAAUCUCAGACACCGAUGGAUGCGGACAAGCAGGCCAUUUACAGACAUCCAUUGUUUCCCUUAUUAGCACUGUUAUUUGAAAAAUGUGAACAAUCUACACAGGGAUCAGAAGGCACAACAUCUGCAAGUUUUGAUGUAGAUAUUGAAAACUUUGUUAGGAAGCAGGAGAAGGAAGGAAAACCUUUUUUUUGUGAAGAUCCUGAAACGGAUAAUUUAAUGGUAAAGGCAAUUCAGGUUCUACGAAUCCAUCUGCUUGAGCUAGAAAAAGUUAAUGAGCUCUGUAAGGAUUUCUGUAGUCGCUAUAUUGCAUGUCUGAAAACUAAAAUGAACAGUGAAACUCUACUGAGUGGAGAAUCUGGGAGUCCUUAUUCACCUGUACAACCCCAGUCCAGCAACUUUAAACAUGAUAAAGAUAGCUUGGAUUUGCUGGAGCAGCUGUCUUCAUGGAAACAGUCACCAGAAAAUCCAAUUCAAAGUGCCAUCACAGGUACGCUAAGUCCCCAAGGGAUUAUGGUACCUGCAUCAGCAUUGCAGCAGGGAAAUGUAACUAUGGCAACUGUUGCAGGUGGUACAGUAUAUCAGCCGGUGACUGUGGUCACACCUCAAGGUCAAGUAGUAACACAAGCAUUGUCACCUGGAACCAUCAGGAUCCAGAACUCACAGCUCCAGUUACAAUUAAACCAAGAUUUAAGCAUCUUGCAUCAAGAUGAUGGGUCAUCCAAAAAUAAAAGAGGAGUUCUUCCAAAGCAUGCUACAAAUGUGAUGAGGUCUUGGCUUUUCCAGCACAUAGGGCAUCCAUAUCCAACAGAGGAUGAGAAAAAACAGAUAGCAGCACAAACAAAUCUUACAUUACUCCAGGUUAACAACUGGUUUAUUAAUGCUAGAAGGCGAAUUCUCCAGCCAAUGUUGGAUUCCAGCUGUUCUGAAACUCCAAAAACAAAGAAGAAAACAGCUCAAAACCGACCUGUUCAAAGGUUCUGGCCAGACUCCAUUGCAUCAGGAGUAACUCAGCAUCAAUCAAAUGAACUUACCAUGUCAGAUGGAGCCGUUGUAACAAUUACUGCUCCGGUCAACAUGAAUGUAGACAGUCUUCAAUCUCUUUCAUCUGAUGGUACUACUUUAGCUGUUCAGCAAGUCAUGAUGGCAGGGCAAAGCGAAGAUGAAUCUGUGGACAGCACUGAAGAUGACGGAGCAGACCUUUCGACUACAAACAUCAGUGGGCUGGUCUUGGAUAAUAGUGAUUCUCUGCAAUAGGAAGCAAGAGAAUCUGGCCUAAAUGUUUAGGAAAAACAAUGAACUGACUGACUUUUUAUAGUUUGCACAGCAAACAUUUUACACAAGUUUUAUUUCUAAUAUGUUUUAUAUGUAGAUAUAGAAGAGUGCACUUUUUGUAUUUCAUAGUAAGCUUAAAGAGUGUCUUUGCAGGUGCAGCAACUUCUUUCAAAUGUGUUGUUUUUUAUUUUAAUUUGAAAAUCUAGUAAUUUAAGAAAUAAAAACCGCACAUCAUCACCCCAUUAUUUUCUUAGGGUAACUUUCUCACUCACAAAAUUGAUCUCAGAAUGGGGAUGAUGGAGCUGCAGCCAUCGAGAAAGAUGGUAGAUGCCAGUCAGGUGAGUUAAGUUUAUAUCUGCACGGAUUUAAACAUAUCGCCACCACACAAUCACCAUCUUACUCAGUGUUUGCUGUUCUAUAACAUAAAAUCUGCUGCAAUUUUGUGAUAUAGGAAAUUGCCCUGGUGGGAGAAUUGAAAGUACUUCUGUCUCCUUGAGAGUUAUGCAGUUUCAACUAGUCCUGUCAUUUUAAGAUUACUCUUGGUGGUUUAACAAUGUUAAUGUAAAGCAUGUCAAACUAGUGUAUGGGAUUUGUUUAUGAAGUUAGCCAUGUAGAUUUGAAAGAUGCUUCUGCACCUUAAAAAAAAAAUUCUGCCAGACUGUGGGCAACAAAACACACAAAAGGGAGUGGAGUUGUUUGAUUCAGUAACGAAUGUAUGGCAUUUAAAAUAAGCUUAAUUUCUCAUAGAGUUGUUAGGUGGAAACCUCUAAAUUCCUGCUGUACCUUUUAAAUUUGUCAGUGACGCAGCCACCGCAGCUUCUCUAUAAUGCUUUUCCUGCUCAUCAUUUCAUCUACUUACCCUGUAGCAGACUUGAAAUCCUACUUGCAACAGAUGGGAAUGAGGCAAAGGGUUGGGAGGGUGCAAUGAGGAGGGCAAAAGAAGCCAUAGCUGUCUCUCUUCUCUGAAUAAAAUAAUAAAUUUAAAGGUACAGAGGAGAUUUCUGGAUUGCAACUUAGCAGCUCUACAUCAUUUGCUAUAAAACACUUAUUUUUACCUUUAUCAGGAUUAUUGGAUUAAAAAUAUUUUUAUAAAUUAUCUAAGAAUUGAGAUGAUGACUGUAUUGAGCAUGAGAAAAAAUGUUUAGUACUUCUUUUUGGAAGGUUAUGAAAACAGUCCAAAUUGAAUAAACAUGCCUAUGCUAUAUUCUGUGGAUCUCUGCUAUCCCAUAGUGGAACAGGUAUAGUGACAUAAAAAGGAUUCACUGCUUAAUGGGUUGCUAGGUAUUAUUAAACAUUGAUUUAUGACAUGUGAAUUAACAUACAACUUACAUUUCAGUCCAUAUUGAAACUUGUUUCUCAAGAGAUUUGAU